UCUUACUUGGUACUCAAAUCAGUGAUGAAUUUGGGACGUUCACAUGAUAUUUGUAUCUUCGCUGAAGAACUAGCGCAUUCUAAUGAACUGGCUUCAUCUUUGCAACAAGAUAUUAACAUUUUAUAUCAUCGGGUCUCUAUGGAUCAUGAUUUCCUGGAAAAAACACUGAAACCGACAUUCGGUUUGGAUGUUUAUAUACGUCAACUUUGGAACAUAUACAGUCGUGUGAAGGAUGAAGGUAUUGUUCAGCCUAUCGUAUUGGGUCUAAAUCGUUCUGAUUAUAUGUUACAUGCUUCACCGGAAAUCAAGGAAAAUCACUGGGAUCUGAUCAAGAACACCAAAGAGGCUGCGCGAUCCAAACAGAUAAAGGAUGACACAUUUUGGUCCAGUCUCUCGCUGCGCCAAGUGGAAGUAAACAUGGUUGCCACCAGCUUUUGUGGUCUUUCACCUCGAAUGGUCACACAACACCGCCAAGUACUCGCGCUUAUGGGGUUCACACCCGACUAUCUGGAUAGAGUACCCGAAUGUAAAUCAGUCAAUGUGUUUGUGGAUGCUUUGGCUCGAGCGACAGAACUUUAUGUUGACCAUAUACGGGCAUUGUCACGUGAAUCCGGAGAUAUUGUACCCUGUAUAUUGGUUGUUGUGUCCGAACACGAAACAAACAUAUACGAUCAGCGAGCUUUGCUGGGCGCCCUUCUCAUCCGCUAUCCUCGAAUUGGUAUGCUAGUUCGCAGCUUCUCCGACCUCGCUCCCCACACGAAGCGUAUGACCGUUGACGAACAGCGUCGUUUAUUUGUUGAUGUUCAAGAAAUUGCCGUUGUCUACUAUCGUCAUGGUUAUGUCCCCGAACACUUUCCAUCUGACGAGAUUUGGGAAGUGAAGUAUCAGUUGGAAAGAUCUCGAGCAAUCAAAUGCCCCUGUGUGCAAUAUCUUUUGGCCAACACGAAACUGAUUCAAGCUACUCUGUCUCAACCGGCGCAAUUGGCACGUUUUAUUGAUCCGAAAAAUGCUAAUUUUGACCGAUUACUGGCCACGUUUGCACGGCAGUAUCCGCUGAGUGACGCGUUCGGUUUGAUCAAUGCCGGUGAUAUGGAACGAUUACUCGAGGAAUGUCGAUCCCAUCCUGAACGAUUUGUACUCAAACCUCAACGAGAAGGUGGCGGGAAUAACUUUUUCGACGAGGAUAUUAUCAAGCAACUCGAGCACAUAAUGGAUCAGGGUCUCGGUGCAACCUACGUUCUGAUGGAGCGCUUUUAUCCUUAUGUUGUCCAAAAUAAUGUCAUUGGAUGGGAGAAUCCAGGGGCUCGAAAAGAUGUGGUCCUCGAAUUGGGAAUUUUCGGAGCAAUCAUUGCGAGCGCACAGGAUAUAAUUGUCAACGAAGACGCUGGACAUCUCCUGAGAACAAAGAGUGUACACUCCAACGAAGGUGGAAUUGCGGCUGGAUUCGGAUGUUUGGAUUCCCCUUUUUUAGUGUGA